GAGAUUGUCCGUAAUCCUGAUUUCGAUGUGAAGAAAAAGACUAUGCUUUAUGUCGGUGGUUACUGGGAUUCAGGGACUUGGGGUGUGGGAAGACUAUUGGGUCUUUUGUAUAAGCAGAUGGACUAUAAUGUGCUUCUUUUGGAGACGGUGUAUUUCACGACGACGACUUUUACGCAUGCUUCACGCUUAAUGCGUCCAGUCGGGAAACACGCUGCUGAGAUGCUAGCAGCCCUCACUAAGCUUGGUAUGGACCCUAAAAAUCUGACCAUAUGCGGCAUCAGCCUCGGCGGACAAACCAUGAGCUUCAUAGCCAAGAACUUCAAGAGAAUCACUGGUCAGAACGUCUCCACUCUCGUCGCCUUAGACCCUGGUGGUCCCUGCUUUAGAUAUCUCGGACCGGACCACAGAUUAGACCCCUCGGACGCAGAUUUCGUCAUCGCCAUCAUCACAAACAGUGAAGGUUUCGGGAUAGGUACUCCAGUUGGGACUAUCUCGUUCUACGUCAAUGGAGGCGAGUGGCAACCGGGGGAAAUUUCGUUCAUUCCGUGCGCGAUUCCGUGCAGUCAUAUGAGAUCUUAUUUCCUCUGGUUUUCUGCUUUGAUGAACCCUCAUCGAUUAAUUGCUGUGCGUUGUGAAUCUGUGGCGCAGGCGAAAUUGGGUGAUUGCUAUGAUACAGAGCCUUUGGUAACGAAUACUUUAGAUAUGUAUUUAGAUAGAAGUAAGCCGGGAAUCUAUUAUUUGCCGACCAGUAACAGGUGGCCGUAUGCUUUGGGUAAGAGAGGUUUGAGAAAGAGAAGUAACAAUACUUUUAACCCAACGAAAACUAAUGAGAUGAAGAAGCGUGAAAUUUCAUUGACAGUUGCAUAUUUGACAGUGCUUAUCUGUGUUUCUGGAGCAGUGGAAACUAACAUAAAUGGCGAAGGAGUUAUCCAAGGCUUAAUCCCAGACUGUCCAGGCUCUUGGCUACCAUCCAGAAUAAAACCAGAAAGCCUGAAACACCUCCAACUAUCAGUCCUGAGCAAUGGCAACUUUCUCACAGCCAAAUGGCCGAAGUAUAACUACUACCGAGUGAAAGAGAUCGUCCGUAAUCCUGAUUUUGAUGUGAAGAAAAAGACUAUGCUUUAUGUCGGAGGUUACUGGGAUUCAGGGACUUGGGGUGUGGGAAGAUUAUUGGGUCUUUUGUAUAAGCAGAUGGACUAUAAUGUGCUGCUUUUGGAGACGUUGUAUUUCACGACGACGACUUUUACGCAUGCUUCACGCUUAAUGCGUCCAGUCGGGAAACACGCUGCUGAGAUGCUAGCAGCCCUCACUAAGCUUGGUAUGGACCCUAAAAAUCUGACCAUAUGCGGCAUCAGCCUCGGCGGACAAACCAUCAGCUACGUAGCCAAGAACUUCCGAAGAAUCACUGGUCAGAACGUCUCCACUCUCGUCGCCUUAGACCCUGGUGGUCCUUGCUUUAGAUAUCUCGGACCGGACCAAAGAUUAGACGCCUCGGACGCAGAUUUCGUCAUCGCUAUCAUCACAAACAGCGAAGGAUUCGGGAUAGGUAUUCCAGUUGGAACUAUCACGUUCUACGUGAAUGGAGGCGAGUGGCAACCGGGGGAUAUAUCGUUCAUUCCGUGCUCAAUUAUGUGCAGUCAUAUGAGAUCUUAUUUCCUCUGGUUUUCUGCUUUGAUGAACCCUCAUCGAUUAAUUGCCGUGCGAUGUGAAUCUGUGGCGCAGGCGAAAUUGGGUGAUUGCUAUGAUAAAGAGCCUUUGGUAACGAAUACUUUAGAUAUGUAUUUAGAUAGAAGUAAGCCGGGAAUCUAUUAUCUGCCGACCAACAACAGAUGGCCGUAUGCUUUGGGUAAGAGAGGCUUGAGAAAAAGAGGUAACAAUGCUUUUAACCCGUAUUUGACAUUACUUUAA